CGGAAGCUGUCGCCGGCUGGCAGCCGGCCGGCGGCUCUGUCCGCUUUGGAGUUGUGAAGUGAAGUAUCCUGGGCUGCCGGAGCUUGCUGUGGCUGCUGGCCGCGGCGGUCGGAAGGAACCCCCAAUGAGUUCGUUCCCAGGGGCGCAGUCUGGGCACGCGUCCCCCGGCGACCCGAUCUGCCCGCUACUGCUUCGGAGUUCGUAAGUGUCCGUGGGCCGCGCGGGGCAGCGAAGAGACUCACCGCCUGGGCCAUGAUGAAGGCCAUCAAAGUUUUCCUCAUCUCAUUUGGAAGAGGCUAGUUGAUGGGUUCUGUGGACAGAAGCAAGCAGGAGAAGCAGGGCUUUCUCUGUCGCUUUGCAGUGCCCGUAGUAUCGAGGGUCCAGAGUUCACUCAGUAGCAUCCGGACUUGUUCUUUUCUCGGACAGUUCACGCUCUCAUCAAAAUAAAACAGAAGGCUGUCAUCUGUAGAAACCCACCGGUCCACGAAAGCUAUGAAGGCACAAACAGUGUCCCCUACCCAGGGGAAUAUCCCCGAGUCCAGUUAUGUCUACAGCAAUCUAUGGAGUAGCCGGAAGCUAAUGGUUGUAGGAGUCUUGCUGGGCUGGCUACUGGUCAUCCACCUUCUGGUCAACGUGUGGCUUCUGAUCCUUCUGUGUGCAUCGUUGGUAGUGCUGGGAGGAUGGCUGGGCUCCACUGCCAUUGUAGGGGCUUCAGGUCAAUUGCACCUGGAACGAUUCAUUUCAAUUACCACCUGCCCUCCAUGUCCCGAGGCAGAAAGGCAUCUGGAACAGGAGAUUAACUGCACCAUCCAGAUGAUUAUCCGAGACUUCGUGCUAUCCUGGUAUCGUUCUGUGAGCCAUGAGAAGACAUUCGAGGCGGAGAUGGAGGCAGCCAUGAAAGGGUUGGUUCAGGAGCUUCGAAGGCGGAUGAGCAUAGUGGACAGCCAUGCUCUUACCCAGAGGGUUCUGACUCUCUGUGGCUAUCACCUGCAAAGCUAUAUUCAGGCGAAGGAGGCUACUGCAAAGGAGCAGAGCUGUCCAGUUGAGCCCUCCCAGCUGUGGGAUGCUUACUGCCAGGUUACAACUCCCCAUCCUGCCAUGAGCUGUCCCACCACUGAGGUCACUUACGCACGUGGCAUUGUGAAUUUGAUACUAAAAGAGUUAGUGCCCAAGCCCCACCUGGAGACUAGAACCGGACGCCAUGUUGUAGUCGAACUCAUUACUUGCAAUGUAAUCUUACCACUGAUCAGCAAGCUAUCAGAUCCUGACUGGAUCCACCUUAUACUUCCAGAUAUCCGAGGCCCCUUGUUCUUGUGUGAAGACCCAGAACUGGAGUCACCACUGUCUGAACUGGGCAAAGAAACCAUCAUGCUGAUGACCCCAGGCAACUUCCUUUCGCACAGGAUUCAGGAUGCUCUGUGUGCCCUAGACGAUUCCCAGGCUCUGGAGCCUAGGGAUGGCGAGGGAUCUGAGUGCAUGGAAGGAGCAGAAGCUGAGGAGGCUCCAGGAGCAGAGACAGAGGCAGGCACGCUGGUCUCCAUGCUUAAUUGCCCAGAGAUCCAGAUUGACCCAGCAGACAAGGAGGCGGAGCAAGGAGAUGAUGUGUCUCUUACAACGUUGCUGGAAGAACCAGAAAAACCCUGUCUCCAGCGACCUUCGUGCUUAGACAAAGGUCUCGACAGUGGUGCGUGCUCCCUUGAGCCUGCUGUGCCUCCACUGUCACUUUCUUCCUCUCCCCCUGGUCCUCUCAGCUCAGCCACCUUCAGCUUUGAGUCCCUGAGCAGUCCUGAUGGCCCAGUUGUCAUCCAGAACCUUCGAAUCACUGGCACCAUCACUGCCCGAGAGCACAGUGGGACUGGAUUCCACCCGUACACGCUGUACACCGUGAAGGUAACAGGCUGACGGCUGUGGUCGCUCACUCUGCGGAUGGGGUUUAGAAAUGGAGUCCGUAAACAGAAUGUCGGAAGGGCAGAUAAGAGUGUCCCAUGUUAAUUAAAUAAACGUGUGAGUGAUUUGUAGCUCCUUUCAAAGCCAGGGUCAGCU